UGGCAAUGUUAGGUUCACAACGCUUUAUAAUCCGUAGUUGGUCCACACCCAAUUCAGAGGCUACCCUGAAAUUUCCUUCUACACCAAGCACAGAGUCUAUUUACCUUCAACAGCAAUAAUGGCAAUGGCUUUCAAAAUGGCGACUACUGGGAUGUGGGUUGCUGAUGAGUGCAAGAACUCAUUCAUGGCGAUGAAGUGGAAGAAGAUUCACAGGUACAUAGUGUACAAGAUUGAUGAGAAAUCCAGAUUGGUCACAGUCGAUAAGGUCGGUGGGCCGGGGGAGAGUUACGAUGAUCUCGCCGCCUCCUUGCCGGGUGAUGAUUGCCGAUACGCCGUCUUCGAUUUCGACUUUGUCACCGUCGAUAACUGCCGCAAGAGCAAGAUCUUCUUCAUCGCUUGGGCUCCCACAGCAUCAAGAAUAAGAGCAAAGAUGUUAUAUGCAACAUCCAAAGCUGGACUAAGGAGAGUGCUAGAGGGCAUUCACUACGAGUUGCAAGCAACUGACCCAACUGAGAUGGGAUUUGAUCUGAUUCAGGACAAAGCCAAAUAGAUAUAUAUGCGUGUGUUUAUAUAUAUAUAUAUGUCUGUUUAUAUAUAUAUAUAUAUAUAUCUAAUCCAAGCUCUUGUCGUGGCAUCUUACUGUUUAAAUUUAAUAAUACCCAACUAGACUAGAUGAGAUGUGCUUUUCUUGUCCUUGUCAUCUUUCAGAGUUUUGGGACCAAUGUAAUGUAUGUUAAUGUUAAUCCUUCUCUCUAAUUUAUAAUAAUGAUAAUAAUUCUUGUCCA